GUCUUUGGCCUUUGGGUAUAGAAAAAAACACAGAAGCUACCACAUGGUUAUCUUCGGCACCAUACAAACUAUAAACACACAAACUUCUAUCUGCCUUCAUCUUCACUCUUCCUUUUCUCUCUCCUCCCCGCUCACUUUACACUGAAGAACCACAAUUUUAAUGGAAAUUUGACAAUCAUCGCUUUCUCCUGUUUCUGGGUUUUCUGGAGUUUCGACUGAAUGACCUCCCCAUGCCUUUAUUAGAUAUAGCUAUUGCACAGUCUUCCUUCCAAAACUAUUUGGGUUGUUCAGGAGUGCGGUCGUUUAUCAUUGGUAAAAUACCCAGCUAUUGCCUGUUACAAUAUGAGGACAGAUGGGCAUUUCGAAAGUCCUUACAGAGUACAGAAAGCUUGAAAUUUAAUUUAAGUCAUUUUAAUAAGAAGUCAUGUCGUAAGUUCUUGGUUAAAGCUGUUGCUACUCUUGAGCCAAAGUGUUCAAUUCAAAGUAAAGAUGAAGAGAAGCAUAGCCAAAUUUUGCCAUUUACUAGUAAACCACAUGAAGAAGAAGAAGUUGAUGAGAGAGAAAAGUUAAGACGCAUACGGAUUUCUAAAGCAAAUAAAGGAAACACACCAUGGAACAAAGGCAGAAAGCACAGUCCUGAAACUCUUCAACGUAUAAGGGAGAGGACCAGACUUGCUAUGCAGAACCCUAAGGUAAAAAUGAAGUUGGCAAAUAUUGGUCAUGCUCAAAGUCCAGAGACAAGGGAAAAAAUUGGGGUUGGAGUGCGAAUGGGCUGGCAAAAGCGCCGUGCUAAGCUGCUGCUUCAAGAAACUUGCCUUUUUGAUUGGCAGAACUUGAUUGCUGAAGCUGCUAGACAUGGUUUGCUGGAUCAGGAGGAGUUGCAGUGGGAUUCCUACAAGAUCAUGAAUGAGCAAUUGCAGCAGGAAUGGUUGGAUAGCAUUCAGCAAAGGAAGAAAGCACCUAGACCCAAGGGUAGCAGGAGAGCACCCAAAUCUCUCGAUCAGCGGAGAAAAAUUGCUGAGGCCAUUGCUGCUUUAUGGGCUGAUCCUGAAUAUCGUUCAAGGGUGACUUCAGGCUUGGCUAAAUAUCAUAAUAUACCAGAGGGGGCAGAGAGAAAGGUAAGGAGAAAAUCAAGUGAUGAAUCACAGUCCCCGAGAACUCCUAAGAAAAAGCUCAGCGGUGCAGAAAGCUCUGCCACAGCAGAAUCAAAGGUAAAGAUUCAAAAGCCCAAGUUGAAGAAGAGGGCUGCUCCAAAGUACAAAGACCCUUUAGCGAAUUCCAAGCUGGAAAUGUUGAAGAACAUCAGGGCACAGAGGAUGGCAUCUGAGGCAAAGAAAAACGAAGCCUUAGAACAAGCAAAGCUCCUAGUAGCAGAAGCAGAGAAAGCUGCAAAGUCCCUUGAGAUUGCUGCAACGAGAAGCCCUGUUGCUCGAGCUUCCCUUAUUGAGGCAAGAAAGCUUAUUGCUGAAGCUACCCGAUCUAUUGAAUCAAUAGAGAAACAAGAGCCUAAAUCUGAAGAUGAUCCAAGUUCGGGGACACAGAAUAAUGUUGAGAAGGAUGAAAACCCUUUCACAGAAGACGAUGAUCAAGGACACCAUGGAGGAGUAAAUGGCACCGACACUGGGUUUAUGCAAAAUAUUGAUGGUCAAAAUCCAGAUAUUGGUGUCUAUAAGAUGCCUAUACUGGAAGAAAUGGACACGAAUCACCAAUUUCCUAGACAACUCGGUGGGUAUGGAUUUUCUGAGCUCGAUAUAGGGAGUUUUAUAGGGAAAUCAGAGUUAAGGGAGCUCAUUGAUCAACAGCAUGGGCAUGAACUAAAUGGUGCUACCAAAUUGAAUGGGAGCUCUUCGCAUCACCAUGGAGCGAAGUUGCAAAAUCAUGAAGAUCAGGUACCUCCUGUUCCUGAAAAAACAGUGACAAAAAAGUGGGUUUGUGGAAGACUGGUAGAUUUUGUGGAAGGUGAGUGAAACACGGUUUUUUUUUUGUAAAGGUAUCCUGAAGACUAGUCAUUCUUAAAAGCUUCAGUUCGAGAGCUAGCAGAUGGUGCAGUACUGAAAACAUCUCUUCUGGUCUGUUCGUUUCAGAAGCUGCUGUGAAAGCUUUCAGAUUCCACUUAGCAGCAGAUUUUGUUUGUAUUUCAGAAGUCUACUUUUAGAAAAUUUUCAUCGAUCAUUAUUAAUACUUCAGUAGUUUUAAGUACUUUGUUAGCUGCAGGAUUAUGUUUGUAUAUGUUGUAUUGGACGUAAUAGUUAGGUUCAAGAUAAAUAAUCUUUGGUAGGCAUCAUUUGAUUGCUCAGUUGCACUAAUGGUUUUCCC